AGGGAGUCCUGGAGCCGAGGCCCUCAGCGCUCCGACUUCCACCUCCUACUUCCAGCUGUGACCAGGUGGGCCAAGGGACCCGAAAGGGACACCUUCCCAAGAAGAAGCACAGUGUGAGAGGCACCAGGGCUACAUGGCGUCCAAGCCCACGGAGCCGGUCACCAUCCUCAGCCUGCGCAGGCUCAGCCUCUCGGGCCCGGAGCCACAGCCUCAGAAAGAGACCAAGAUGUUCACAGUGGAGGACGCGGUGGAGACCAUCGGGUUUGGGCGCUUUCACGUCGCCCUGUUCCUGAUCAUGGGCAGCACGGGGGUAGUGGAGGCCAUGGAGAUCAUGCUGAUUGCUGUGGUGUCCCCUGUUAUCCGCUGUGAGUGGCAUCUGGAGAACUGGCAGGUGGCAUUCGUGACUACAAUGGUGUUUUUUGGCUACAUGGUGGCCAGCGUCCUGUUUGGGCUCUUGGCUGACAGAUACGGCCGCUGGAAGAUCUUGCUGCUCUCCUUCGUGUGGGGCGCCUACUUCUCCCUGCUGACGUCCUUCGCUCCUUCGUACAUCUGGUUCGUCUUCCUGAGGACCAUGGUGGGCUGUGGUGUGUCCGGACACUCUCAAGGGUUAAUUAUAAAGACUGAAUUUCUGCCCACAAAAUAUCGAGGCUAUAUGCUUCCCUUGUCUCAGGUGUUCUGGCUGGCCGGCUCCCUGCUCAUCAUUGGUCUGGCCUCCGUGGUCAUCCCCACCAUUGGGUGGCGCUGGCUCAUCCGCCUUGCUUCCAUCCCAGGCAUCAUCCUCGUCCUGGCCUUCAAGUUUAUUCCUGAGUCUGCUCGGUUCAAUGUCUCCACUGGGAACACCCAGGCUGCCCUGCGCACCCUACAGCGCAUUGCCCGGAUGAACCGCUCUGUCCUGCCCGAGGGGCAACUGUUGGAGCCCGUGCUGGAUAAAAGGGGAAGAUUUGCAGACCUGUUGGGUGUGAAAUACUUAAGGACUACCUUACAGAUCUGGGUCAUAUGGCUGGGAAUCUCAUUUGCCUACUAUGGGGUCAUCCUGGCAAGCGCGGAGCUGCUGGAGCGGGACCUGGUGUGCGGGGUGCAGUCGGAGUCCCAGGAGGUGCACAGCGUGGACUCGGAGGGAAGCCAGAGCCCCUGUUACUGCCACCUGUUCGCCCCCUCUGACUACCGGACCAUGAUCAUCAGCACCCUUGGGGAGAUUGUGUUGAACCCUUUAAAUAUCCUGGGCAUCAAUUUCCUGGGGAGACGACUGAGCCUUUCAAUCACCAUGGGAUGCACGGCUUUAUUUUUUCUUCUCCUCAAUAUUUGUACUUCCAGCGCCGGCCUCAUCGGCUUCCUCUUUAUGCUGAGAGCCCUGGUGGCCGCCAACUUCAACACUAUCUACAUUUACACAGCCGAGGUCUACCCUACCACAAUGCGUGCUCUGGGGAUGGGGACCAGUGGCUCCCUGUGCCGCAUCGGGGCGAUGGUGGCGCCAUUCAUAUCCCAGGUUCUUAUGAACGCGUCGCUUGUGGGAGCCCUGUGUCUUUUUGCAGCUGUUUGUGCUGUGUGCGCCAUUUCUGCAUUUACUCUUCCCAUCGAGACCAAAGGACGGGCCCUACAGCAAAUUAAAUGAAGACCUACAAAGCUGGAUCUACCAGGGGAGAUUAUUUUCAUGGAGCUGUGGCAAUGUUUUAAAAACUU